UGGGGUCUGGAGUCCCCGGUCCUCGGGGGUCGGGAGGGGUGGGGCUCCCCACUGUCUCCGCCCCGGGGGCGGAGCCGAGGUCCUAGCCUGCGGUACUUGAGACUGGGCGAAACUGGCGUGGGGCUCCCUGCCCGGCUUCCGCCUUCCACUGCCCGGCCUCGGACCGUAGAAGACCCGACCCCGCUUCCCUUGUCCACCACCGGCCAGACCCAGCCUCCCGGGUCCCCGGCGUGGCCCACGGGCCCCGGGGCAGGUGCAAGUGCGGCGCCCGCCUCUUUCUCCCACCCGGGCUCAUCCUGCCGGGCGGCCAUGGCACGAGGAGACGCACCGCGGGACAGCUACCACCUGGUCGGGAUCAGCUUCUUUAUCCUCGGGCUGGGCACCCUCCUCCCCUGGAACUUCUUCAUCACAGCCAUCCCGUACUUCCAGGGGCGGCUGGCGGGGGCCAACAGCACCGCCGAGACCCUGGGCACCAACCACACGAGCCCCACAGAUACCUUCAACUUCAACAACUGGGUGACGCUGCUGUCGCAGCUGCCGCUGCUGCUCUUCACACUCCUCAACUCCUUCCUGUACCAGUGCAUUCCUGAGAGGGUGCGGAUUUUGGGCAGCCUGCUGGUCAUCCUGCUCCUCUUUACCCUGACGGCGGUGUUGGUUAAGGUGGACAUGAGCCCCGGGAUCUUCUUCUCCAUCACCAUGGCCUCCGUCUGGCUCAUCAACUCCUUCGGUGCAGUUCUGCAAGGCAGCCUCUUCGGACAACUGGGCACCAUGCCUUCCAAGUACAGCACCCUCUUCCUCAGUGGCCAGGGCCUGGCUGGGAUUUUCGCUGCCCUUGCCAUGCUCAUAUCCAUGGCCAGUGGCGUGGAUGCCCAGACGUCUGCCCUGGGGUACUUCAUCACGCCCUGCAUGGGCACCAUCAUGUCCAUCGUGUGCUACCUGAGCCUGCCCCACCUGAAGUUUGCCCGCUACUAUCUGGCCAAGAAACCAUCGAAGGCGCACAGUCAGGAGCUGGAGACCAAAGCUGAGCUUCUCCAGUCUGAUGAGAAGAAUGGGAUUCCCAACAGCCCCCAGAGGGCAGCCCUGACUCUGGAUCUUGACCUUGAGAAGGAGACAGAGGUGGAACCAGAGGAACCCCAGAAGCCAGAAAAACCUUCAGUUUUCAUUGUCCUCCGGAAGAUCUGGCUGACGGCGCUGUGCCUGGUGUUGGUCUUCACAGUCACCCUGUCUGUCUUCCCAGCCAUCACAGCCAUGGUGACCAGCUCCACCGGUCCUGGGAAGUGGAGUCAGUUCUUCAACCCCAUCUGCUGCUUCCUCCUCUUCAACGUCAUGGACUGUCUGGGACGGAGCCUAACCUCUUACUUCCUGUGGCCCGACGAGGACAGCCGGCUGCUGCCCCUGCUGGUCUGCCUGCGCAUCCUGUUUGUGCCGCUCUUCAUGCUGUGCCACGUGCCCGAGAGGUCCCGACUACCCAUUCUCUUCCCCCAGGACGCCUACUUCAUCACUUUCAUGCUGCUGUUCGCUGUCUCAAAUGGUUACCUGGUGUCCCUCACCAUGUGCCUGGCGCCCAGGCAGGUGCUGCCACAGGAGAGGGAGGUGACCGGCACCCUCAUGACCUUCUUCCUGGCGCUGGGGCUCUCUUGUGGCGCCUCCCUUUCCUUCCUCUUCAAGGCACUGCUCUGAAGCACUCUGUCGAGGGCUCUCCCAGCGUCUCUCUUCAGAGCUGAGGCCCAGCGCUGGGGGAAUGACGGGCCAGGCUCAAGCCUCCACCGGGCCGGGUGGGUGGGGGCCUUGUGGCCUGAGGGCUCCAGCAAGAGGUGGGCACAGCUCUCCUUCCAGGGCUGGCGGCCACCUGGAGUGCUGCUAGGAAGAAUUCACCGCCUGCCAUUCCAGCCCUUACCCAGGAGUGGAGUUGAUGCACUAUCUGGUUGCACAUAAAACCUCAUUGAAAGGGUGAUCAUCAGGGAAAAGAGGGCCGAGGACCAUGGCCCAUCCUCACCGUCAGGACUGCGUUCGUUAAUCACGACAAACCCACUGGCGAGUCACCGGAACUCAGAGGCCACAGGUGGAGUCUUGCCAACCAUGCGGCUGGUGUGGACGCGGCCUCAGAGUCCGUGUUGGGGUGGGGGUCAGUCCAGGGCAGGACGUCGUCUUCUCUCCAGGCCUCAGCGACCCCUCAGUCAGGUCUCUCGGGCUUCAGAACAGAGGAAUCCAGGGAGUUUGAAGGGACGGGGGAGAAGGAGUUAGGGAUCUGAGGGAUUUCAAAGGACCCUCCGGGCCUCAAACAGUGUCUACGUGGCCAGCGCGCACCGUGUCCGCUCCUGGAGCCCAGCUGGGCCCGGUCCCGGAACUGCAGUUAGCCUGCAGGCAUAAGCUGCAUUUUACAGUUUGCAAAACUCUUCCGACCUUGCCCUUUCGCUGAAGCCACGUUGAGAGGCUGGCAGGGACUGUGCCCCUCUCUGUACAGGUGAGGAAACCCAAUCCUGGGGGAAUGACCAGUUCUUGGCAGAGCCAGAACCCAGUCCCCACCUCCCUGUAGGUGCUGUUCUUCCUGCCCUCUGCCUGCUUCCCUUUUCCUCAAGGGGCUCAAGGUGAGAAUCCUGAACACUUACUCCACCUUUUUUUGCUUGUUUUUCCCUCAGACCCUGUUCCUGGGUCUAAUAACAACCCUCUUCAUUUGUA